UCAUUUCAUUUAAGCUAACGCAUGUGCGACGUGAAGAACAUUCAAACAUUUAUAACUUUGACAAAUACACAGUGAAAAUUUUCCAUUCAACCUCGAAAGAUAAUUAUAAAAAGUUUUUAGAAAAAUGAAGUUCAAAAAGGUUACACAUGUAAUUUUUGAUAUGGAUGGGCUGAUAUUAGAUACCGAAACUUUAUACACGGUGGCAAUUAAUACAAUUUGUAAUCAAUAUGGCAAAGAAUAUUUAUUUCACCAUAAAUUGGAUAUCAUGGGUACAUCACAACAGUACGCAGCCGAUUAUAUUGUAAAAACAUUGGAGUUACCGAUAAGUUCCCAGGAAUAUAUUGAUCAAUUACAAGAACAGUACAAGAAGCUAAUGAAUAAUCCAGGAUUAAUGCCAGGUGCCGAACGUUUAAUUAAGCAUUUACAUAAGCACAACAUUCCAAUUGCCGUGGCAACUUCAUCUGGUCUUGACAGCGUUGCAAUAAAAACAAAAAAUCACCAGAAUUUAUUCGCUUUAUUUGGACAUUUAGUUAGUGGUAGCUCUGAUCCAGAAGUCAAAGACAGUAAACCAGCACCCGAUAUAUUUUUGGUUUGUGCUAGUAGAUUUCCAAAAUGUCCAGAUCCUAGUUCGUGUUUAGUAUUUGAAGACGCUCCAAAUGGUGUACAAGCAGCGGUAUCAGCUGGAAUGCAAGUUGUGAUGGUACCAGACCCUCGUAUCCCAGACGAUAAAAAAGAACAAGCCACACAAGUUCUUCAUUCAUUAGAAGAAUUCAAACCAGAAGAUUUUGGUUUACCUCCGUUCCCAAAAUGUGACAAGGAAGAAUCAGGGUAAUAUAUCUUGAAGUUUACUACUAUGGAUAACUAGAAGAAUUAAAAAUAUAUUUAAAAAAUUUAUAUUGUGUACCUACCAUG